AUGAAACUGGACUGCCGGUUUAGUGGUCUUCAAAUUUUACUGAAAGAUUUGGAUGAUGAUCUUAUGGAUAAAGGAUUGAAGGACAGAGAAGUAUGGUUGUUUCCAUCAGAAGAAUCUCCUUCACGAGUUGCAUCGGAACUCAGUAGAAGGCGUUGUGGCUGCUUGAUAACGAUUCGGAAUAAAUAUGGAGUUGCAAGUGGUUACUGGGGAACAAUCAAGGUGAGAUGGGAGUACGAGAAGCGGAUAAAUGACAAAAGAGCUUCUCUAGUUAUUGGCCAAAAAAUGAGGGGUGGUUUAGUGAAUAUAACAUCUCAAAUAGUGAUAAAGCUGUAUGUCACGGUUGCAUGCAGUAUAUUAGCGGCAUUGAUUUCAUUA